GUUCUUCGCGUUCAUUUCAUUCUUGCCCUCAUUCCGCGCAUACUUCACAUCGUUGUUAGAUACGCGGAAUAGUCGAGCUCUCGCGCUCCGACGAGAAGAAGAAGAAAAAAAGUCAUCAGCUGGAAAUAAACCGGAGCGCGCGCUCGACCCGACUGCUCAGCAUCAGAGACUGAUUUCAAACACUGAGAUUGUGCAAACAUCCGCAGAGAUUUUCAUCACUUGUGGAGGUCCAGAAAACACUUUGCCUUCGACCCGUGCCGGCUGGUUCACCACGGUUUUGUUGUAACAGUUGCUCUCCCCAGGUCAGUGUGCCUAGAGUUCUCCAGGCUCAGGCUCCGAGAUCCCAGCUGUUGCCAUGGAUCCCAGCAGCUGGAGCGGCAGUGAAAGUGCCGGCGAGGAUAUUGAGAGGAUGAGCGACUCGGCCGAUAAGCCCAUGGACAACGACGCUGAGGGCGUAUGGAGCCCUGACAUUGAGCAGAGCUUCCAGGAGGCCUUGGCCAUCUACCCACCCUGCGGACGACGGAAAAUCAUCUUGUCCGAUGAGGGGAAAAUGUAUGGUCGUAAUGAAUUAAUCGCCAGAUACAUCAAGCUCAGAACGGGAAAGACACGGACGAGAAAACAGGUCUCCAGUCAUAUCCAGGUUCUUGCCCGGAGGAAAUCCAGAGAAUUUCACUCCAAGCUAAAGGACCAGACGGUGAAGAACGAUGCGAUCAACAGGAUGGCGGCCAUGUCUUCGGCGCAGAUCGUCUCGGCCACGGCCAUCCACAGCCGACUGGGGCUCGCCGGACUCCCUCGACCCACCUUGCCUGGGGCCACAGGGAUAUGGCAAGUGUCAACGGGGCAGCCCGGGUCGUCUCAAGAUGUGAAGCCGUUCGUGCAGCAGAGUUACCCCAUCCAGACGGCCACAGCCAUCGCAGCUUACGAGCCUCCCACACCCCUGACAGCUGCGGUCCCGGCCUGGCACGGCCGCUCCAUCGGCACCUCCAAGCUGCGGCUGGUGGAGUUCUCCUCCUUCCUGGAGCAUCAGCGGGACCCAGAUUCAUACAACAAGCAUCUGUUUGUACACAUCGGUCAGACGAAUUAUUCCUACAACGACUCGCUCCUGGAGACAGUGGACAUACGUCAAAUCUAUGACAAAUUUCCUGAGAAGAAGGGCGGGUUGAAGGAGCUGUUCGGAAAAGGACCUCAGAACGCCUUCUUCCUGGUGAAGUUCUGGGCCGACCUCAACUGUAACAUCCUGGAGGAUUCUGGGGCUUUUUACGGCGUAACCAGUCAGUACGAGAGCUCAGAAAACAUGACCAUUACCUGCUCAACAAAGGUCUGCUCCUUCGGGAAACAAGUGGUUGAAAAAGUUGAGACGGAGUACGCGCGCUUUGAGAACGGUCGUUUUGUGUACAAGAUCAACCGGUCUCCCAUGUGUGAAUACAUGAUCAACUUUAUCCAUAAGCUCAAGCACCUGCCUGAGAAGUACAUGAUGAACAGCGUAUUAGAAAACUUCACCAUCCUAUUGGUGGUGACGAACAGGGAAACUCAAGAGACCUUACUGUGCAUAGCCUGCGUGUUCGAGGUCUCCAACAGCGAGCACGGCGCUCAACAUCACAUCUACAGACUGGUCAAAGACUGAAGCUCGUCGACUCGCACGAGUAACACUACAUGCAGGCAGCCAGGGACCCGCAGAGAACAGUGGACACUUUAUGUUCGCUGAGGCUUUUAGGCUACACAGCUGACGACCGCCAAGGGCGGCAAAGCCUAACGGACUAAGAAAAGCCUUUGAAUGACUCGUGACCUCGUUUUAAGUGGCUGUGCCUCUGUCAGUCCCACCCAGAAGGCUUUUGUCACGUUUUUGGGUGAGGUCCCGAAUGAAUAAUUACGUUAUAAUUUGUGUAUCUCUUGUGUUUCGGUGUUUAUUUUUCAUUAACCUGUCGCGUGGGUGAAACGGUACGGUUUUGUUACUUUGUUCAGAUGUCUGUUUAACUUGGUUGAUGUUUUAAACCAACAUUAAUGUGUUUUUGAAAGAACGUUGCUUAUAUAAAAUUGUAUUGUCAUAGCACACGAAAGCUUUCUUUUCUGUUGUUCAACCUUUUAUUCUCACCGAACUACGUUUCAUAGACUUUGCCCCUGGUAUUUUUUGACCUUUAGCGGAUUUAACUUUAAUGAAAGAAGAUAAAAAGGUACUGUAUUAUUUAUGUGGAACUACCUGCCUUACACUGCACACGGGCUGUUCCAGCGUGACCUACAGAUAUGUACACUAAACACUAAGAAACAAAUCUUUUUCUUAUGGUAACUUUAAAAAACAGCAACAAAAUUCAACCCUUAUUCAUUUGUGAAUUUUCUUUGCAUCUUAAAGCGGAAGUGUGUAAUUUCGCUGUUUAAAAUCCUGCAAUCCCACGCGGAGGCUCUUAAAGCCAAUCGUUGGGUUAUUUUUUGCGGAAACAAACAUUUAGCCACGCUGUGAAAAUACCGCUUUUGGUUUGAUCUUCCCCGCCCACACGCUGACCCGACCAAUGGCGCGAGUCGGGGGCGGGGCUUUUAGACAAAAAUUCGGAUUAUUUAUUUUUGAAAUUCCACAAGGUGGCGCUAUCGCCGCAAAAUGCCGUGCUUCGGCUUUACGAAACCGAUUCUCAUAUCCGAACAGGCUACACAAGAAAGGGAAUUAACAUAGCAAAAUCACCAAAGCAUAUCGUGCCUUAGUGUUGAUCAUCGUCUAUUUGUGAAAAGUAGCCUAGGCUAUAUAACCUCACACGAAGUAUGUAUUUUGUCCCACAUUUGUCUACCCUGUCUAAGCGAAGUAGGUCACAUCUUCUCUCCUGUACACCAAAUAAACACUUUGUCUCACUUCUGUUCAUGCCAAGUGAAAGCUACAGGUGUUGAAAGUGCCUUUGUGUGUUUUUCCAGCUCAGAAAAUUGACACCAAAAAAACUAAACGAAGUGAGUCGGAUUUGGAUUCUAUCACCAUAAUGCCUUUGACAUUUUAAAAGCGGGGAGAAAAAUAACUAAAACCGACGGAGAAGGGUUACUGCGCUCUCAUUUUGACGGAAGGAUAUUUUAACUUCAGUAGGAAUCGGGAAUUUGUUAUCUAUCGCAAGAAAGCAGUUCGCCAUGGUGUCACGGAUAUAGCGGAAGGGCGAGAUGAUUUCAUGAACACAAAGGCAUCACGUGACUUUAAUUACGACAAGACAAGCAGACUGAUGAGCGACAGUCCGUCAUUACUCUGGGUUUAAUGACUCCUGAUUCUGAAUCACACUGUCGACCUCAGUCUCAUUUAUCACACGAGACCGAGCUCGGUUUUCGGGUUUUUUUGUCGACCAUGUUUUACACGUUUCGCAGAGUAUCUGUUAGUAAAAUAAAGAGCGUUAAAAGAGAACACUAAUGUAUUUGAUGCAUUCCUUGUCUGUUUGUUUGUUUUCAGUAAGAGAACACUUUGUCUGGAGAGCACUGAAACGUUGAGUUUGGUAGCUUUUUUUUUUUUUUAAAUAGGUGGGCUCAUGUCGAAUAAUUGUUUUCGGUUGUGUAUAUUUUCCUUGAGGGGAUGAAAAUGAAAAAAAUAAACUUUUAGUGUUUGUACUGCAA